GUUCACUGUGCUACACCCAGACUGUACCGUUAGAAGUGUGUGGGACCUCACCACCAAGAUCCUGCAAGUGUAUAAAGAGGAGCAGGACCUUGUGAUGGUGACAGUCCCUGGCCAGUGAGAUCGUUUUUUGUGUCUUGGUAGGAGGCUCAAUGGGGUCACUUGGAUGCCCACUGUGCUGCCGGCAACAUUUUGAGUCUGUGGGGACCCUGCGAGAUCAUCUUAUUUACUACAUCUACCGACCACUACAAUGUGGAGUGUGCUGCCUUCACUUGGCAGGUGUGCAAGAGUUCACGCACCACCUGACAUGUCACAUGGGCGAUGAACUGCCAGCUGCUGCCAAACUGUCUUCCUCUAAGCCAUCAUUGCCUGUAGGUGAGUCUAAUUGCCAGGACUCCCCAUUAUCUGCAGCUACAGGUGGUCAGGAUGGUGUUGGGACUGACUAUGAUGCUGGGAUUGGCACAACUCAUCUCUCAGAUGACUAUAAUUACAUGAAGGGAAGUGAUGCUGCAAACCAACUGCUGAAGCUACGGGAAUGGAGGCUAGAAAAAUUAGGGAAAACCUUCAGUAGACAUCGAGCCUCCUUUGGCAAAUCGCCUGGACUUUUGGAGCUAAGCCCAUCCAGUGGAAGACUACACAGAAGCAGCCCACCAGCAUCUGUGAGGGACUUAAACCAUGAUAGAAGACCAUCCAGUCAGAACAGCUCUUAUGUGGCACGAUCUGAUGUUCUCUUACUCAACAAAGAUAUUGACUCUGUGGAGAGGUGUGACUCAUCUGCCACACCAUUGUCUAUUUAUGGUAAUGUUGGCUCUGCAGAAAUUUCUGAUCAUAGUGUGUGUCCUGAAUCUGUGGGGAAGGAAAUGACAGAGGAAGCUGGGUUCUGCUCACCAGCACAACCAGUCAGUGCCUCCCAUGAAGUGCAUUCCCAUCCACUGGAAAACACAACCCAUUGCACAAUGAAACAAAUGGACUUUGCAGCCUCUCUUAUAGAGGAAAUGCCAAAUCCUUCUAUUAUAUCAGAAGGUGAUAAUUUACCAAGUAACAAGAAUAUUCAGGGUUAUGGUCUAUCAGAAUCCAACAUGUUUUGUGAUGUAGAUGUGAGCCACCAAAGUAGAAGUGCUUUAUCCCCUUCACUUUAUGUUCCCACGUCUCAAGAAAUUACCUCCAGUAACCUUCAAUCUUCAGGAAAUGAAUUUGAAACAAUUCAGGGUUAUGAUAUAUGUGGGACUAAUUUUACUGAGCCACUUGAUCAAGCCAAUGAUAUUGAUAAUGAUAUGGCAAAUGCUGACCAGUAUGAGGGCAAUAGAUUCCCAGUGCUUGAAACUAUGAAUUCUCCUGAUUUAAGGGGAGGUGCUUGUCCUCAGUAUCAUGAGCUCCAACCUGUUUCUCAUAGUAGGCAACAGAAGUAUUCAGAGACUGCUUCUGGCUUGUCUGACAUAUGGACACCUUGUCCCGAUAGUGGCAAUUCUGCAGUCUGUAAUCCUUCAGAAACUUUGAACAUAUCUCAGUUAAAAACAAAAGAUAGCUGCUCAUUAACUAAUUCCCAAUUAAGCAGCCUUGAAGACAAUUUUAACAAUAAAACUACUAUUUGUAGUUACUUGCCCACAAGCAUUGAUGAAGGGCAUAUUCAUCCAGAAGUAAUGAACACAGGAAAGGAAAUGACAAAAACUAUUAACUCAGAUGAUACAAAGUUAUCUCAGAGUGAUUCAAUGAAAGGAGCAAGCAGCCAUUUUUCUGGUGUUGAAUGUAACACUGCACUUAGUAGUUCAGCCUAUGAGGCUCAGGGCAUCUUAGAAAGUGAAUGUGAAGAACCUUACUCUUCAUUGGUUAACACAAAACCUUACCUCCACAAGAAGUUUCACCAUGAUCAGGAGAGAAAGGUGUUGCCAAGUGCAGGUGUUGAUCCAGUUGCUGAUGUAAGCCAAUACAUUAACAGUCUUCAGUCAGUGCUAGUGAGGAAGCUCAAUGGCACACUAAGUACUAGUAUUCCUAUGACUUCAAGUAUCUGCUCAACAUCUGUGAUUAAACCUGAGAAAGAACUUAAUCAAGUAAAUCUAGAAGAACAUUCACCACAGGCCAAGGAACACAUAUGUGAGGUGUGUCAUAAGGUGUUAAAAAACCAAUCAUCACUCCAGCUACACUCUAAAGAACAUGAAAAGGAAGAAGACCAAUGUGGUAAAGGUCUUUAUAGGAAAUGUCCCAAAGAUCCAUGUGAGAGCAAACAGGGAAAGAAAGAGAAGUUUCAGUGUGAUAUUUGUUCCAAAGUCUUCCCAAAGGCAUUCAGUAUAUCAAGGCACAUGAAGGAAGUGCAUGCUGUCAAGAAAUCUUUCUCAUGUGUCCAGUGCAGUAAAGCAUUCAGUAGCAAAAGACAUCUGGAAGAGCACAGUAGAAUUCACAAAGGUGAAAAAACACACAAGUGCUCCCAGUGUGACCAUCAAUGUCACACUGCCAGUGGUCUGCGAACACACAUUCAAGAGAUUCACUCAUCAGCUUCAGAACAGCGUUCUCAUUGCUGUAAAGUCUGUGGAGAAAAAUUUGCCAAAAUAUAUGGACUUAAACGUCACACACAGAGGAAACACGCCGAGCAGCAGUUGGCAUGUAAUGUUUGCUCAAAAAUGUUUGCAUGCAAGGAGGAUUUGAACAAACAUACCAAGUCUCAUUUAAGUGCUGGUACACUGAAAUGUGAUAGCUGUCAGAAAACCUUUACCACAUCUUGGGCACUACAGAGGCACUCAACAAAACACCAGUCUCUACAUUUCAAGUGCAAUUUAUGUAAUUUUAAAUUCACCAGAAAAGAUUCUCUGGUCUCUCACCUAAAAGUACAUUCACAAAAAAAGUCUUUUGUGUGCUAUUGUGGGAAACGUUUUGUCAAAAAGAGUCAACUGAAGGCACACCAAGUUAAACAUAGUGAUAUUUCAAGGUACACAUGUACUGUUUGCAAACACUCAUUUAAGUUCAAAGUAUCACUUAAGAAUCAUAGUUGUAAGACAAAAACUGUACAGACAAAUAAAUGAACUUUGGCCGCUAAUCUAGCCUAGAUCUCAAAGUGGAGUAAAUGCUACCUUUGGUUAUACUGGUCAACAUUCCACAUUUAUACUAACAUCAGCAGCCGUGUUUGUGCCUGUUAUUGUGCUGCCUUGUCUUUUAAUAGUUAAAUUAUCGUUUUCUUCAAUGAUGCUUAAUGUUAUAUAACAAUGAUUUUGAUUUGUCUCCUUUGUUCAAUUUAGCAUUUUAAUUUUGGUUUUCUUUUUGUUGAACAUUUAUAACCCCUGAUAGUUUUCUUUCACUGCUUUCAUUUCUGCUUUUUUUUUCGAAUUCUGUUUAUUGGUUUUUAAAAGCACUGGACUGUCUUGCAAAAAUUGUAUUUUUUCAAUUCUAUGUUUCAUUUUGACUAUAUCAACAUCAUUUGAUCAUCUUGACUUAGUAAAAACUAUUAAAAUGACCUGUUGUAUCAAAUAUUAUUCCUGAUAAGUCUAGCAAAAAGAUGUAACUUUUAUCAUGGUAAUAGACUAACAUAUACGAGUAUGUUGUCUAAUAGAUUUUGUUAAUACCAAUCUUGAAUUAAUGAUUUGCAUUUACUUCAUUUGAUUCCUAAAACUGUGUCCACAUCAUCAGGCAGUGCAUGAUGGGCAAACACUGUUACCAUAUCCCAUUCUGAUACACAAGCUGAGAAUGGUAAGUAGCAACUUAGCAAGAAUGGAGGUGAAAUCAGAAAUUAGGAAAAGACAGGCAAACAUGAUUGCAGAUGAGUGGAACACCAGAAACUGUCAUAUUUCGUAGGUGGUACAAAGCACUAAAAGUUUCCUCUGAUCUAUGUAGUUGUCAGUCUCUCAUUUAAAAUGUUUUGUGUAUACCAUCAUCAUGUACAGCAGGAAACAUGCUUCUGCUGUCAUAAGGAUCCACACUGCCUGUGCCUUUGGCCACCUUAAAGGCCCUUCCACACGACUGGGAAAUGAUUGGUGGGCACUCUGAUUUGCCUGUAAUUCUCUCGUUUUGAAACAAAGUGUACCAGAUCAAACAGUCCAAAUAAGGCAGGCAGUAGGCACAGGCAGGUGAACAUAUGACUUGGGCCAGACACCGGACAGAGGGCAGUCAGAGCUGUGGCAGGCAACGUUGGCCAGUUGGGUGUUCAGUACGACAUCAUGGGACGUAAGAAUCAUCGCCAGACAGUUAAAGCUAAAUGUAUAGCUUUGUGUACAAUGAUUAUUGCCAGGUUGCUUCCCUUGUCCACUUAUCCAGUCUGGAUAGAUAUGAUUUCACUUCAUCUAGUCUACAAUUGAUACACAUAUCCACGAUGUUGAACUGUAACAUCGAUGUCUGGCAACGUGGUUCCUAGUCAAGCGCCCAUCCAGUGCUUCAACAAUGGGCACGGGCACUUUGAUGGUUUGCCCAUGGUUUCCUCAUCUAUACUUGUGAUCACCACCUAUACCACAGACAAUUGGUAACAGCAUCUGCCUGCCGUGCAUUUGCCCGUUAUGUGGAAGGGUCUAUAUAGUGACACUGUGUGAUGCCUGUCUGUAUUCUGUGUACAGGUGUGCCUGGCAGAUCAUAGUUAUCUUGGUGUGUGGUUAAAUGGUGGCUUCGUCUGCCAUGGCAGAGUCACCAACCUUGUCUGGGAGCAAUGCUUAUCCAAUUUGGACUUGAAGAUUGAUGAGUUUCCUCCCCUCACAGCUGCCAAAUGUGGGCCUCCAUUACCAAUCCAGGAACCCACAACGACAAUCUGCCCUUGUCCCAAGGAUCAGUUUGCCACCUGAGAGCCAUCAAAGGAAGAUGAAAGUGUUGUGGUGUCCUUUCUUAUUAGCUCCAGUACCAAUACCAGAUUCUUUUUGAACACGUUAGGUCACCCAGGCCCUUAAUGCCUCCCUUCUGUGGAAGUAUGUUCUGGUGGGCCAUACCUGCAUCCUAAGCAGUGGGACUUCUUGUCAUUGCAGUUUGGGAAUACAAUAUUUGAAAAGUAGCCCCACUUUCUCUAUAUACCCAAUUCAGAGAGGAGUACCAUAGGGUUCCACCCUAAGCUUUACCUUGUUCAAUGUCCUUCUGUUGGACCUCCACAUCCCUCUGCACUCUUACCUAAUUUAUGCAGAGGACAUCAAUUAACAGAGGAUCAUAGAGUCUAAGAACAACUGUACCUCCAAGAAGCAGCAAUAGAAUUGACAGAGUGAAUUAGAACAUGAAGUUUCUCAAUAAGUACAGCAAAGAGAUCCCUAAUUUACCUCAUGAUGAAACAUUCCUGUUCCUCCAGCUGUUCACAUCUGUGGUUCUCCUGUCCCUUACCCUUACACACUUUUUGAGUGCAGCUCAAUGCAGCCUGCCUCACCUGGUCUGCCAUGUAACAAGUGAAUAGACAGCAUAAAGAGAACAGCCAGUAUCCAGUAGAGGCUGCUAACAGACAUCUACUACUGCUGUGCUACUGGGGAGCCAUCAUGACUGAUGCCCUCACUACCAUUCAUAAGUUUGACAUCCCUCAAAAAUGCAGCGCAGCAAAUCUCCAUAGGAGCACAAUGAAAUUCUCACCUGUUGUGGCCCUCCAUGGAAAAAGUGGUAAUAUUCCACUUACAUGCCCACAGAAAAGAAGUCCUAUGCUGUCAAUUCCAUGCCAUACAAUCAAAAUCACCAUCCCACCUUUCCAAACUGUAAUCCAUCUCUGACAUCAACCCACACACUCUAAUCUGGCUCUUAGUAUAUAUGCCACGAAGUCUGGGAGUUGUAAGACCUGUCUAUGUUGCAGCUACCACUAUAACUGUUCCAUCCAGUCAGGUACAUUUCAGACAGGAUAGCCCUCAACAUUCAAAACCUUCCUCCAAAGCAGUCUGCAAGCAUAUUGGCCCCACAUAUUUUCAAACACCUAGAUCUGAUCACAUAACAGGACCACAUCAAGAUCUACUCUGAUAUCUCCCAUUUUUUUUUGUCAUUUACUACUCCUGGGAUGUUUCUUUCCACAACUACUCUAUAAUCAUGGGUUCGACAGUCAUCCCAUAUCACAAACAUUGCCAGUUUGUGACUCGAUCACACCACACCACUGUCCACCUGCAUCACCUACAUUUUUUCCUUCCUUCCCAUCCUGCCCCUGGUUCCAGAAUAUGGAAGAGAUCAUGGAAUAGUUUCUCCUUCACUGCUCAUAUUUCUAUUCCCACCACCAAACCCUUUGCACUUAGCUACUUGCCAUAGACCACUAUUUUUCAUCUACCACUUACUGUCUACUGUCUACUUAACUGCCUGACUGAACCACUUAGGUGUGUGGAAUAGAUAUUACAGGCAGACACUUCCCAGAGGUUGACUGGCUUUGUCCAAAAGUGAAAGGUUUUACAUCAUCUGGUAAGACUACUUUGGAAGCAAGAGUAACCCACUCAGCAACCAGUGCUUGUCAGAGUAGGUGGUGAGCAUGGGAUCGGGCAGACGUCCACGUGUAGGGCCGAAUCCCACAUGUACCGUCUUGAAAUUAUGCCAUCUGUCAAGUAGUUUAAAGUUACCUCCAUGUCACCAUGACACCCAGGUUCUAGGUGGUUAAGAUGUGCUUGGGUUGUGAUAUGGGCUCUAAUAUGGGAACCAUUAUAAAUAAAAUUGCCUGCACCACUAAUGGAUGGAAGCUUAACAGCACUUCCUAUACAUAUUCUUCAAGUAUACCUACAGAUGCUAUAGGCCAUAGCGUGGGGGGGAAAAAAAAAGAAACAAUAAUAUGGAAGUGGCAUAUUGAAUUGCAGGAAGAAAAUGUAAAAAUCAAACACCAUUUGGAAUUUUUUUUACUGGUAAUAAACAUAAGAUUAUGAUCCAAACUAUUGAAAUAUUAUACCUGCUUUUACAAAUAGUGCAAUACACUAACCAUUAUAGAAUGCAUACAUCUAGAUAUUUAAGAAAAUCUAGUACACAAACCAUUAUAGAAUGCAUACAUCUAAAUGUUUGAGAACAAUUUAUUUAAAAUAAAUCAUAUUAAACUUGCAAUUAGUAACAUUCUCAUUCAAGUGGUUAGUGUAAACCUAAAGUCCUAAAUAACAAUUUUCCAUGAUAUUUGUCUGCUGACUGGUUAAUCACUGUUUGUUAAUACUGUGGGUCUGAGAGAGAGAGAGAGAGAGAGAGAGAGAGAGAGAGAGAGAGAGAGAGAGAGAGAGAGAGAGAGAGAGAGAGAGAGAGAGAGAGAGAGAAA